ACUGACGCAGAGAUGGAGGGGGUUUCGGGGAUCUCGCAUCAGACGGUGGAGGCGAACGGGAUAAGGAUGCACGUGGCGGAGAAGGGGGAGGGGCCGGCGGUACUUCUCCUCCACGGCUUCCCGGAGCUCUGGUACUCGUGGCGCCACCAGAUCGCCAGCCUCGCCGCCCGCGGCUACCGUGCCAUCGCUCCCGACCUCCGCGGCUUCGGCGACACCGACGCGCCACCCGACGUCUCCUCCUACAACAUUUUCCACCUCGUCGGCGACCUCGUCGCCCUCCUCGACGCCCUCGCCCUCUCUCAGGCGUUUGUGGUGGGGCAUGACUGGGGGGCGCAUGUGGCCUGGCAUCUGUGCAUGUUUAGGCCGGACCGGGUGAAAGCGGUGGUGAACUUGAGCGUGGCGUUUCUGCCCCGGAACCCAGCUAUGAAGCCCGUGGAUUACUUUCGGUCUAUUUAUGGGGAUGAAUACUAUAUCUGUAGAUUCCAGGAACCUGACGCUGCAGAAGCAGAAUUUGCUCGGCUUGGAGCUGCAACGGUCCUUAAGAAAUUUUUCACAUAUCGCGAUCCAGGGCCUAUUUACAUACCCAAGGAUGGCUGGGGUUCACCUAAUGAGCAGAUCACAUUGCCUUCUUGGCUCUCAGAAGCAGACAUCAACUAUUACACAAGCAAGUUUGAGAAGUCUGGUUUUACUGGGCCAAUCAAUUACUACCGAUGUUUUGACUUAAACUGGGAGCUUACAGAGCCAUGGAAUGGAGCACAAGCGAAUGUACCGGCUAAGUUUAUUGUUGGAGACUUGGAUCUCACUUACCAUUACCCAAAUAUGCAGGACUACAUCCACAAGGGUGGCUUCAAGAAAGAUGUUCCGCUCCUUCAGGAAGUAGUUGUUAUGGAGGGAGUUGCUCACUUCAUCAACCAGGAGAAGGCACAGGAGAUCGCCGAUCACAUCUACGACUUCAUCCAGAAGUUCUGAUCUGGUGUAUGCUCUCUUGAAAUGGUGAAAUCAUCUUCAGGGAAGGUUAAUAAGGCAACUAUGCCAAGCAUCGAGUACCAACUGUUUUUUUCUUUUCUCUUGAAAUGGUGUUGAUACAUCUAGACGCUAAUGGAUUAGAAUGCCAGAGGGCAGAGGGUAAACAAGUGGACUGUUUUUUUUCUUUUCUCGUUUCUCUGCAAUAACAGGAGUUUUCUGUGGCUUCAUUGUAUCCAUCAUGUUCACAGUCUUCUGUAAAUAUUCCUGGAUUAAAUAAGACGAUGCAUGACUUCUAAUA